AUGGCGCAGGGCGAGUCGCGCAGUUUUUCGGGCGAUCGCGGCUCACGCGGACUGAUCCAAAAAGGCACGCAUCAAGAUGCUUCUCGUCAGCUCCUCCUCUCCGUGCUGGUGCUUCCGGCCUUACUACUGGUUAAUGCGAAACCGGACGGACACGCGCACUCUUUCCAGCAUUUCCACGGACCGGUGAUGGGCGACGAACACGGCGUUACCUGGAGGGACGGCCACGGACAUCACGAAGACUACGUCGGCCAUCCGCACUACGCCUUCUCGUACGGGGUCGAGGACCGCCAUACGGGCGAUUAUCACGGUCAAAAGGAACACGGGGACGGUACGGAAGUGUUCGGCGAAUAUACUGUGAAGGAACCAGAUGGCAACAUCAGAACGGUGAAGUAUCGCGCGGGUAAAGACGGAUUUCACGCUCAGGUGCACAACAGCCACGAAAGUGAUCAUCACCACAAUGCCCCUCAACAUCAUCAUCAUCAUCAUCAGCCCCACGAAUAUCGUUAG